AUGGACACGCACAAUUUGUUCAAGUAUCAAGGAAGACCGCUCAACGCCAGUCGACGAGAAAUUCGGUUACUACAUCUCCACCCGUCUAGCACCGAGCGCAUAACCGCCACACUGAGCGUGAAGGAUCUCGCAAGUGCGGCUGGCACUUUUGCAUGCGUCUCUUAUGUAUGGGGCGAUCCCAACAAGACGGUACCGAUCGAAGUAGACGACCAGGAAGUACAAAUUACAACGAACCUCUUCAAAUUCCUCUGUCACAUCAGAGACUCCAACGAGACUCUCACACUCUGGGCAGAUGCCAUAUGCAUAAACCAAGCCGAUCUUAACGAGAAAUCGCAACAGGUGGUCAUGAUGGGGGACAUAUACUCCGGAUGUUCCGUGGUGCACAUCUGGCUGGGUACAAUAUCACAUUCUCUACCACCAGGGACAGCCCCUUUCGCCUGGAUCGAGCAUAUGGCAGAAGGAAAGCACUGGCACACUCUCCCCGGCAUCCUCGAAGAGCAAGAUGCAAAACCCAGCGAAGAGUUCACCAACCAUCGGCUCGCCUUCGAUCUGAUGGUAAGCAGCCCAUGGUGGCAGCGAGCUUGGACUGUCCAAGAAGUCAUUCUACCCAAAUCCACCAUCCUCUGGUAUGGGACCUACCAUACGACCUGGAACAGCUUCGCACAAGCGAUCCGAAACCAAGACACGCGCGUCAAAAACUGCUGCCUGCCCAAUACUCCAGAAACGAAGAAACACUGGCUCAAGAUCAAGGUCAUUGAUGCUUUUAUGUACGAGCACGAGACGAUCAAUUGGUUCCGAGAGUAUUACCAUGGCAGCAUUGCAACUAUACCUGGUCAUACAUCCGCUAUCGAGGGUGUCAUGCCAUUUCAAGAAACUCUGCUCUCCUUCUCAAAGCGACAGUGUCAUGACCUCCGCGACAAAGUCUUUUCCAUCUUGGCGCUAGCACCACCGCGGAUGUUCGAAAACUACAAACCCGACUACACGGAAUCCUUGGCGGAGUUCUGGACGGAUGUAUACCGAUUGAUGCUAGAUCACACUGUCGACGUUUCAGCUAUUCUGCAAGGUAACGGGUUUGGGCCGAAUAACGACGGCAGACCAUCUUGGGUUCGCGAUCUUGCCAAUAUGCCCAUCGACCCCAUGUAUGAGCGCCAUAGGAUAAGUCUUGCUGGAAUGUAUCAAUGCAGUGCAGGUUCACUCGGCACAUUCAUUUCAACCGACAAAUGGGAGUUGCAUGUCAAAGCGCGGAAAGCCGAUAUCGUACGUCAUGUGGGCGCAUCUCAUACUUUCAAAUCUGGUCCCAGGGCGAUGAUGGCCAACAUGAGACAGUGGCACAAAUUGGCCGUGGAGGCACUGUCCUGCACCGACGAAGCGGUUAUCCAGAAGCCCUUUCAGCGUGCAAUAUGCGCAACGCUGCACUCGAUGAGGGAAGGAUCCUCAUGGCGCCGCAGUACAGAUGAAGAUCUGCCCAGUCUGGAAGACUGGCAAGAGUUUCUGGAUCUGGAGCCUGACGUGUUCCCAUUCCAUGCAACGUACCUGGCGCCGAUCAUAAUGGCUACGGAAGAUCGCUGCUUUUACAUCACCGAAAAGGGCAAUAUGGGGUUGGCUAAUCCAGGGUUAAAGCCUGGGGAUGAGGUUUGCGCUUUGAUGGGCAUGCGGGUGCCGGUUGUAUUGCGGAAGGCAGAGGGAGAGCGCAACAAUGCGAAUGCUCAUCAUUUCAUAGGAGACUGCUUUCUGCUCGACCAUAUGGAUGGGGAGAUUAUGCGGAAUGAGGAGGAGACGAAAGGUAUUGUUCUACUUUAA